AUGAAGGCGUUGCCGAGUUUUGUGACAUCGAUGGCUGCUAUGCCCAAGCCUCGACCGGUUGGCAUUCCUCAGAAAUUUUUGCUCCGGGACCUCAAGGAAAAACGCAAAUUCCGACUAUUAUCGCGAAAGCUGCUGGCUUUCAUAACAUUCGUCUCUAUCUAUUUGACUGCUCUCCUCAUGGACCGAAACAUCUCUGGCCGAUCUGUGGUGCAAAAUAUUGUUGAGACGGAGUUGCUGAUGACCCCACAAGGAUCAUCAAGCAUUGUUUUCAAUGACAUUACCAGUAUUAACGACUUCUGGAACUGGUUCAUCAACUCUUUCCUCAGCAUUAUGUAUUCUGGAAGUGAUGGAAGCGAAGCCUACACAUUAGCAUCCCAUACAGUUAUUCUAGGUGGAUUUCAUCUAUGGCAAACUCGGUAUGCGGCACUAAACUUCAGUGAUUCUGUAAACAAAGGCAGCAGUUGUUUUAGCGACACGCCAUUGCUUCAAAACAAAACAUGUUACUCCUCCAAGCAAGAGUCUGUCGAAGAUUUUGGCGUCACCAAUGGAACAAACGAGAGUUUAGCGGAACUCCAAUCACUCGAGAUGUUUUCGUAUUCGACCGACAAUGAUUCAGAUAUCAGUGGCUACCAGACAUUUUUCCUUCGUAGCACUACGGAUGGAGCCGACGAACUGGUAAAAGCGAAUUUAAUGCAGCAGCACGGCUGGGUGGAUCGUCAAACCAAGGAAGUUGUGAUCGUUAUGGCGCUGUACAAUCCUUCUCUUCGCGUCUUGUCGAUCGUACACUUAACGAUAGAUUUCAAUCUCGCAGGUGGAGUAACUCCAUCUUCUGACGUGCUCGUACUGAACCUCGAGCCGUAUGACUUUCACCUGAAGAAAAACAUCGUUCGCGUGAUUUUGGAAGCAAUAUAUAUCGGCCACGUCGUCUACUUCGCGCUUCUCGAGCUUUGGGACGUCUGCGUUCUUUCUGGGGGCAACUACAGAAUUUACAUUGCUCGAUACGGAUUGAUGAACAAUAUCGGGGACUGGGGCAAUAUCUUAGUGAACAUCGCAAUCAUAAUCUGGCGAUACUGCAGCCAAAAAGCAGGAACACGCCAAAAAAUGCUGGAGCUCAAGACAUUCGACGAAUAUAUUAAUCCGUUGCCACUGAUGAUCUGGGAUCGGAUACUGCUAGGUCUCAACCUUCUCAACAUUUUGUUGCUAACGGCUCGCGCGCUCAAAUAUUUCCAAGUAACCAAAGGAGGGCGACGCCUCAUGCGCAGUAUCUACGGCGCAAUGCCCGAAGUGAUGUCCUUCAUUCCAAUCUACUUCUCAGUCAUUGUGGGCUACUCGUUCGCGGGCCACAUGUUGUAUGGCUUGAACUUCACCGAGUGGGCGACAUUCCCUCGGGCAUUUUUUCGCGUCUUUGAGCUCAACUUCGGGCUGUAUGAUCCAGGUCCAAUAUACGACCAAGGAGGAAUCUUCAGCGCCAUCUUCAUUUACACGGGCAAUAUCGUCUUCUGCAUCCUCAUGCUUAAUGUCUUCAUGGCCAUCGUCAUGUCCACAUGGGACCGUCUCUCAGAACAAGAAGCAGAUCGUGCUGAAGAGCGAGCUCAGUUCUCACGUUCACUGGGCUUCACGGAUGCGCUCUUCCUCAUGGCAAUGAAGGAAGAUCACGUUGACGCUCUCAUCGACGUGGCGAUACAGCUCGAGGGCCAAGAGUUAAUUACCAGGAACUUGUUCUGUAAAGUCUGGGACGAACUCGAUGACGAUGAAGUUCCAGAAUGGACGGUGAGCCGAGUCAUGGGAUGGUACUGGGACCGCAAUAAUCUUGCUGCUACAGCUUCGGCACUCAGCGCAAGCACACAAGCAUUGGCAUCCUUCGGCUCGGCAGUCGCUGUAUCAAAAGCCAUGUCCAAGUUCAGCUCUGCAGCCGCGAAUGCAAAGGCGAAUAGCAAAUCAACUUCUCCAAAGAAAUAUGCUGCUGGUCGCACAACUUCUCCGGACUCUGAAACAGAAGAAGAAGGCGUCGAGGUCGUCAACACUGCUCGGGAUCUUGACACAACUCCUCCAUCAGCCAAAGGUGUCAGCAUAGCCUCUGUCGUCAACGCGUUUGCUGUCCCCACGAUACCUUGGGGAGCUACAAAGCCCACAACUAACGCCAAAGUGGGCGUUGAUGGGUAA